CCAAACCAAUGUUACCGCAUUCAGAGCGGGUGUUGUCUGUACUGAAAAGUUUAAAAGAGAGAGUGUGCCCUGCUGUCCCUCAGCAGAAGCAUCAAUCAACAUGAUCCCCAUUGUGCUGGCCUCAGUGCUCAUUGCUAGCGCCCUUGGGUGCGGCACCCCAGCCAUUGAGCCCCUGACUUCCCGUGUGGUCAAUGGAGUAGAUGCCAAGCCCCACAGCUGGCCCUGGCAGAUCUCUCUGCAGUAUGACAAGGACGGUGUGUGGAGGCACACUUGUGGGGGAUCUCUGAUUGCUGCCAACUGGGUCAUGACUGCUGCUCACUGCAUCAACACCAAGCUCUCCUACAGGGUGUUUGUGGGCAAAUACAACCUGGUCAAGGAAGAGGCUGGCUCCAAGGCCAUCCUGCCUGAGAAGAUUAUUGUCCAUGAGAAAUGGAACCCCAUCUUUGUGGCCUUCGGUAACGAUAUUGCCCUCAUCAAGCUGUCGGAGUCAGUUACUUUGAGUGACCAGGUGCAGUUGGCAUGUGUCCCUCCUGCUGGCACUGUGCUGUCCAACCUCUACCCCUGCUACAUCACCGGAUGGGGCAGGCUGUACACCGGAGGCCCCAUAGCUGAUACGCUGCAGCAGGCUUUGAUGCCUGUGGCUGACCAUGCCACCUGCUCCCAGCCUGACUGGUGGGGUAUUGCUGUCAGGGCCACCAUGGUCUGUGCUGGUGGGGAUGGAGUCGUGGCUGGAUGCAACGGAGACUCUGGCGGCCCUCUGAACUGUAAGAACAGUGAGGGCGUCUGGCAGGUCCAUGGUAUUGCCAGCUUUGUCUCUGGCCUUGGCUGCAACUUCGUGAAGAAACCCACUGUCUUCACCAGAGUCUCCGCUUUCAAUGACUGGAUCGACCAGGUUAUGAUGAACAACUAAAGAAGAAGUGUCAAUAAAAAUCAAAAAAGCUGCA